AUGGCGGUCAAAGAUCCACUAUUUCCAGGAAAUGAUGUUGGCCGUCGAUCUCAUUGUGCAAUACAAGUGAAACAGGCGUUCGAAUACGCCUAUGUGGUUCUCAGUCACGCUGUUCUGCCGCAGUUCCACUAUCUUCAUGGUCGAACGGACGUGACCUAUUUGGGAAGGAUCAUUCGUAUGUCAAAGGCACAUUUCGGAGUCGGUUUGCGCACUUUCUCACACCUUGACCGUACUUUCACAUUACAGAAAUCAUUGGAAGCCCGCCAGAGAAUCCGUGAAUUUGCGCGUCGGAUGCAAGAUACGGUUAAGUUAAACGUCCUGCCACCCGAUUCCGAAGGAAGAUCACAACAGGUUUCAGCGAACGAUCCUUCGCAAUUGAACACCACUGUACCGCCAGUAACGACGACCUUGUGGCCGUCGGCAGGUCUUCCCUAUUUAUUUGCCCCCGGCUUAUCCCUUUUAGUUCCCGGCCCAUUGGCGUUGAACAAUGUAAAAACGACUGCCAUGCCCUGGCCAAUCGCCGCGAAUCAGCCACUGAUGGUCCAAAUCCCAUUUGUCCCGCAAAUACUACAACAAAGUGAAGAAUCUACUGUCGCUCCACAGGCACCAACAUCAACAGUGGUCAGCGCUACUACAGCGGAAAAAGCAAUAACCACCAAUUCGGAAGACUCUUCGAAAGUUGAGCCUAGCAAUGUUACUUCCACGGCCGGUUCGAAUGCAACAGACAGUAAUCACAGUCCCGUAGCGGAACACGGAUCACGCUCGGACGAAGUAGACUUAUCCUCGUCUGUCGUUCAUAGUGAAGACAAACCUGGUGAAUGUAGCGUACUUGCUGAUGAAUUAGCUUCGCUGUCUACCUACACAGGAAAAGAUAGUCCUGACCAGUCCUCUGGCAAGUCGUCUCAGCCCACCUCCCAAGAACAUCAGGACUGCAAACGACGCUGUUUGCGGCCUAACUCACCUGGGCAUCAACAGCCGUCACAAAACUCGACUGUGGUUGCUUCCUCAAAUGAACCGCCAGACUUGGCUAUCUACUCAAUGACAUAUCCGACCGCAGGCGGCGGGAAUGUCCACAUCACCUAUUCCAGUGAACCCCCAAUACCCAAUGCCUCGACUAUUCGGUCGCGAAAAUCAACCAGUGCCAGUAUUCAAAAGGCUCGUCACCCUAGUGCUCCAGUCCCCUCGAGUAUUAGCGGCCCGCGUGAUGUUGCAUCGGCCUCACGCACUGUCCGUUUUGCUGGUGCGCACACAGGCCAAGUGGACGCUUGCUUGACAAUCAAUUCCGUUUUUCCUACUACGACUACUACUACAGCUGUCCAGAAGCGCCACUCGACUGGUUCACGUCGAUCAAACAAGUAG